AUGCCUCGUUUGCUCGCUUGCGUGGCAUUCGCCAUUGGGGCCUUGGCCAAGGCUCGCCUGCCAAAGAUGCCCGCCGACAUGACGACGCCGGUUCAACAGCGAAUCGCCCUCAACGGACCCAACAGCAUCACCGUCAGCUGGAACACGUACAUGAAACCCAAGCAGGCUUGCGUCAAGUACGGCCCCGCGGAUUGCUCCUUGACCCAGCAGGCCUGCUCGCCCUCCUCGGCGCAGACGUACCCUACCUCGCGCACCUGGUUCAACUCCGUCACCCUCACCAACCUGACGCCCGGCACCAAGUACUGCUACCAGGUGGUGUCGAGCAACUCCACCACGGCCACCUUCCGGAGCCCGCGCCUCGCCGGCGACCAGACGCCCUUCACCAUCAACGCCGUCAUCGACCUCGGCGUCUACGGGGAGGACGGCUACACCAUCGAGAUGGACCACGCCAAGCGCGACCUCAUCCCCUCCAUCCCCCCGUCCAUGGAGCACACCACCAUCAGCCGCCUCGCCAAGACCAUCGACGACUACGACUUUGUCAUCCACCCGGGCGACCUCGGCUACGCCGACGACUGGAUCCUGCACGACCACAACUUGUUCGAGGGCCGCAAAGCCUACCAGGCCAUCACGGAGCAGUUCUACGACCAGCUCGCCCCCAUCGCCUCGCGCAAGCCCUACAUGGCCAGCCCCGGCAACCACGAGGCCACGUGCCAGCAGAUCCCCGGCGCCAGCUUCCUCUGCCCGGCCGGCCAGAAGAACUUCACCGACUUCAUGACCAGGUUCGGCAGCAGCAUGCCCUCCACCUUCCCCUCGGCCUCGCAGGACGCCAGGGCCACGGCCAACGCCGACAAGGCCCGCAAGCUCGCCAGGCCGCCCUUCUGGUACUCGUUCGAGUACGGCAUGGCCCACGUCGUCAUGAUCAACACCGAGACCGACUUCGACCGGGCUCCCGACGGCGUCGACGGCGCCACCAAGCUCCGCAUGGGCCCCUUUGGCGCCCCCAACCAGCAGCUCCAGUUCCUCGAGGCCGACCUCGCCUCCGUCGACCGCACCGUCACCCCCUGGGUCAUCGUCUCCGGCCACCGACCCUGGUACAGCGCCGGGACCGAGACGUGCAAGCCCUGCCAGGACGCCUUUGAGCGCCUCAUGUACAAGUACGGCGUCGACCUGGGCGUCUUUGGCCACGUCCACAACUCCCAGCGCUUCAUGCCCGUCUACAACGGCGUCGCCGACCCGGCCGGCAUGAGGAACCCCAAGGCCCCCAUGUACAUCGUAGCCGGAGGCGCCGGCAGCAUCGAAGGCCUGGCCGCCUUUGCCCCCGUCAAGCCCCCGUUCACCGCCUUUGCCUACAACGACAACUUUGCCUAUGCCAGCAUCAGCUUCCUGGACCGCAACAACUUGCGCGUCGUCUUUCGCCGCUCCUCCACCGGGGAAGUGGUGGAUUCCUCGACCUUGUACAAGGCGCACGACAAGCAGUUUGUCGUGCAAUAA